UCGUCAUUCGUCGGAAUCAUUCGAACUUUGAAAAUGGAUCGGUAGCUGGGAAGGAAACUUAAAGCGAAAUACGCAAGGAAAACGGCUUUUGUCCGCUAUUCAGCGAUUUUUUUUGUGUUGUAAUCAGCAGAGGAAAUUUUAACGACCAACUCCACCGCCACACCAGCCAUCUCCAGCAGCCCCGGAAAAUAAAAUAGAACUACCUUAACGCCACCACCACCACCACUACAACCACAUCUUAACAACAACUACAAGAGCAACAACCACAGCAACAGCACUACUGCACCAAGCCCACAAAGAAAAGGUGAAACGCAAAAAUUGGAAGACCUCAAAAAAAAGCAAAAAAUAGCGCAGAUAACCGAAAAAAGCGGUGCAAAUAGAUAAACCCCAUUUUUUGCUUGAGCAUUUUUCGCCUGUGAUGAGAGAAAUCAGCAGCAGCCAUCGAUUACAACAACAGCAGCAACACCAACGACGACUCAACCACCAAACGAAGAAUAAAUAAACAGCGAAGAGCGAUAGAUAGAGAGAGAGAGAGUGGAGCAUCUGCAACAGAAUUGAAUCAGUUUUUUCAUCAACCGCCGCAUUGUAUUAAAAACUAGAGGAGAAGAACAAAAACGAAUAACAAAAAACAUCCCAUAGGCGGCCACCAUUUUGAUUUUGAAUGAACUGAACAAGAAUAGAGGGAGAGCACGAGAGAGCGAGAAAAACUGCUGCUCAUUUGUUGCACCGUAAACCCUUCCUUCAGCUUGUAAGCACUCUGCCUGUCUCACUCUAAUCGCGUCCAGGAGCACCGUACAGUAACAACAACAGCAACACCAUGGUGGAGCCCACGUCUGGGACAGCUGCUGCUGCCAAAGCAAGCAACAACAAUAACAACAACCACCCCCGUGGAUCUGGGGACAGCGGCAUCCGGAGUGGCAGCGGCAUUUCCUGCAGCAACACGGACAACAGCUGCAGCCAGAGUCAGUCAGACGGACAGAAUGAGCUGACGCGCUACAGCAGCGAGGAUGUGUCGGGCAAUGAGUCCAGCGAGGCGCCCAACAUGACCGAGUUGGAACGCCAGGCGGAGCUUAACAGGCACAAGGAGGAGAUGCAGAAGAAGCGGCGCAAGAAACGCAUCAGCUCCUCCCUUCAUUCCUCAACCUUUCAGGAGCUGUACAAGCUGACUGGCGAGAUUCUUGGCGAGGGAGCCUACGCAUCGGUGCAAACUUGCGUUAACAUCUACACCGAUCUGGAGUAUGCCGUGAAGGUGAUCGAUAAGAUACCGGGGCAUGCGCGUGCACGUGUCUUUCGUGAAGUGGAGACAUUCCAUCACUGCCAGGGCCAUUUGGGCAUCUUGCAACUGAUCGAAUUCUUCGAGGAUGACGAGAAGUUCUACUUGGUAUUCGAGAAGAUCAACGGUGGUCCAUUGCUAACGCGCAUACAGGAGCACAUUUGCUUCUCCGAGCACGAGGCCUCGCAGAUAAUCAAGGAGAUCGCCUCCGGACUGGAUUUUCUGCACAAGAAGGGCAUUGCCCAUCGUGAUCUCAAGCCGGAGAAUAUUCUUUGUGUCAAGACGGAUUCGCUGUGCCCAAUCAAGAUUUGCGACUUUGAUUUGGGUUCGGGGAUUAAGUUCACUACGGACAUCUCGUCGCCAGCAGCCACUCCUCAGUUAUUGACACCAGUUGGCAGUGCCGAGUUUAUGGCUCCGGAAGUGGUCGAUUUGUUUGUGGGCGAGGCACACUAUUACGAUAAGAGGUGCGAUUUGUGGUCCCUGGGAGUCAUUGCUUACAUCCUGCUCUGCGGUUAUCCGCCAUUUUCGGGCAACUGUGGAGAGGAUUGCGGCUGGAAUCGCGGUGAAAACUGUCGCACGUGCCAGGAGCUGCUUUUCGAGUCCAUUCAAGAAGGACACUUUUCUUUUCCGGAGGCCGAGUGGCACGAUGUCAGCGAUGAGGCCAAGGACCUAAUUUCUAACCUGCUUGUCAAGACGGCAGCAAACCGCCUCAGUGCCGAGGCAGUGUUGAAUCACCCAUGGAUUCGUAUGUGCGAGCAGGAGCCACCGGCCAGCAAGCAUGCCAGGCGCCACAAGGCUUUGCAAACGCCCAGUAACAUCCGACGCAAUCACCAGUCGGCAAGGGAAAUCUCGCAGUUUGCCGAAUCUGCCAUGGCCGUCAAGCGUGUGGUCCUACAGCAUUUCUCGAUGCGCUACGAUUACAUGAAAGAGCGUCCCAACAUCUACCAGCCAUCGCAGGCCUACAUGGAUGCCUAUAGCGAUGAAAACUACAAUCCCAAGCCGCCGGCUCAUUACACUCGCAAUCGCUCGCAGCGCAAUCCCGCUUCCUCCUUGUGCGCCUACGGAGGGCGUAUGUCCUCGAUGCACGGCCAGCGGGUCAAUAGCCGUCAGUCUUCCCGAAAUGCAUCUCGCAAUGCAUCUGCAAUUUAUCCGAAUAGCGGGGGCUUCAAGACAUUAAACGUCCACGAGGAAGAUGACGACGAUGAAGGUGUGGAGGCUUUUGGCCGUAUCGAUGAUGAUGAUGAGUGGGCCAGGUCAACGAGGGAAUAUCAGCAGCAGUGUGAGACGCUGGGCGAGGAACGCUUUAGGCGCCAAAGCGGAAGCGAGGGCGACGAAGUGGAAGAUGAGGAGGAUGGAGAGAAUGAGGACUAUCAGCACUAUAAGCAUUACUGGCGCGAACUGGACGAGGAAGAGGGAGACGACUAUUUGUAUGAGCAGCAGCAGCGCGUCGAUGAUAUAGUCGAGGAAGAGGAGUUCGAGGACGAACCAAAGGAGGAAACUCAAGCUGACAAUCUAAAGCUAUCGAAAGCUUAUGUGGAGCAAGUUGGCGAGACCAAUGUGGAGAAAUCGAAGCCACAGGACGAUAACGGUGGAUAUAUAAGGGAGGACCUUAUUAUGGAUAAUAUGGAUAUGAAGAAAAACACUCAGCAAAGCGAAUUUGCUAAGCUCACCAUAAUGCGCAACGAUGCGCAGAAGGAGGAGAAUGAGAUAAUGCAGCAGCAGGAUGAGGAGAAGAAAGAGGAAAAACAGCAGGAUGAUGUUGAUGGGGCUAAGAAGCAAGGACCAUCAAGUGAUAUUAGUGCUACUACCAUCACCGAUAAUAACAAGCAGCAAACACCAGUUAUGACUACAACACACAUUAACAACUGGCAAACUGGCGAUGCAAUUGAAGAUGAUGAUGUUAAACUAUUGGAUAGUAUUAGUGAUUUAAAUGAAAAGCUACCUGAAAUUUAUGAGACUGCAAAUAUUGUUGUCAACUCAGCGGCAGUGCCAGCAGCAUCGACACCAGCAGCAUCAGAAACACGCCCACCAACCGAUAACACAGAGGAAGACGAUUCGAACGUGAUCAAACCGACGACUGCUGCUGAGGGGACAACAAUGCGAACGACAUUUGGCAUGGCAGCGGAAGAGGAGAAGCCUGUAGCCCCAUCCCACACCGCGGGUCACCACAGCAAGGCCGGCCGCACUGUUAACUUUGCCCCCGAUGCAUAUCAGAACGACGAGGAUGCCGAUAUCGACGAGGACGACGACUACGAUGACGAGGAGGAGGAGAAUCUGCAUGAGCACAGCAAGCAACAGCUGCCAUCCAAUGCCUACACUCGGAAGCAGCGACAGCAGCACCAGCGGUACAUUGUGCCACGCUACCAGCCUGCGGAUCAAGUUCCUCAGAGGCAGCACACCGAAAACUGGCGUUAUCGCACCCAUCACUCGCAGGAGCAGCAGCCGACAGCGGACUAUCGCAAGUAUCGUCCGCCGUUUAGCACCGGAGGCGGCGGUGGCCACCAUGGCAACCAGCAGCGCAAUUACUUGGGGAGCUUCUCGCACAGCGGCGGUGCCGCUGGAUACAAGAUAGCUCCAAUGCCGCCACCAAUGCAGCCGCCUCCGCGGCACAACAGCGCCGGAAGCAGUGGCAGUGGUAGCGGCAGCGGCGGAUCUCCGCCAUCUGACGAGCAGUCAACCAUACGCAACUGGCGUCAGGACUGUGUUUACGCCCGCAGUUGCGGGAUGAACCAGGGGCCGGAACAGCAUCGUCACAACCGUUCGUCGGGCCAGCGUGUCCAGCAGCAGCCGCGGAUUGGCAGUGGACGCUUCGCCCACCUGCAGGCGGCCCAAUUGAUGGACGAGUUGCCUGAUAUGAGGAUCGGGCUUUCGCCGCCCACUGAGAGUGUGCUGCUCCAAAGGCGCCUGCGCCAGCAGCAGCGGGCCAACGAUCUGUCUGAGUACUGCGAGCCGGCCACCGCCAGUGGUUAAGCCGAUCCACUGUGGACAGAUAACUCUGUUUUUUCACGCACAUUCUCUUAAAACCAACUUUCCAGUUCUAUUAUUCUUUUUGGUGCAACUUUUCAACAGAUAACGUUUCUUGUAAAAGUGUACGCAAACUAUUUAAAUUCAAUUAAUUCCGCCACUGCAAACAGAGUUAACAAAAAACCCAAAAAAAAAAAAAAAAAAACGAUAAUAAUAAAAUGAUGAAUACUUGUGGUAGGAGAAAGGGACUGCAGAGUGAAAAAACUGAAACCGAGGGAAAUUGAGAGAGGCAAUUGUCUACGCUGUUUUGAAGAAAGCCAAACAGUCGUUCGAGAUGAAAACAACAGAAAACAAAUACCUUUUUUUAUAAAAAAGAUUCAAAAAAUUGUAAUUUAUAUUGCAGUAUAAUUUUUUAUUAUGAAAAAUAAAAACGAAUACGAAAAGUGUUUGGUCAAGAGAUGCAUAAAA